AUGCAGUUAACCAGCAUAUUGAGGGGGUUCCUUGACGCGGGCUCUGGCGACGAGCUGUGGUUCGCGGACGCGGAGGUCCGGCGGAGGCUGCACGACUCGGUGGCGGAGGCGCACAAGGAGCAGAAGAUCCUCGUGGCAGCCCCGACGGAGGAGGUACCCGACUGUGUGUGCCCGCUGCCGCUGGAGCGUCAGCCCGUGUGCGAGGUGCCGCCCGACUUUUUCAACAGGACGUGCUUCGUUGCACCCACAGACGCCAGCGUUUCCCUUGCCAGUAUCACCUCCUGGGAGUGCUACUCGGAGCAGCAGUUGGAGGUCUACUCACUCGGCUUUGCUGUCCUCGUCGUGUUGCUGCCCCUCGUCGUGGAGGGCUCGGUCGCGUUGAACAGUGAUGGCGGAGUUGAGAUGCUGAGUGGCCGCACGGUGCCGAGGAGGCCACCGAGGCCCAUCUACCGUUUCGCGCAGGCGGUGCCCUGGGACAAGUUCUCGGAGCUGAGGGCCGAGGCGUUGCAGGUCAUCGUGGACGAGGGGCUCGACGAGAUUCCGCACGCGAGAGUGCUGGACGACGCGUUCGCGAUCAGGAACUUCCGUCGGCCCCGCCUCGGUGCGCGAGGACCUGCUCCUCCUCUGCCGCAGCCUGCUGACGGACAGGCUGACCUUGCCGCCGCUCCCGAGAGUGACGAGGUCUGGGUCGUGUCGGAGCCUGUCUUCGACGGGGACCAGGAGGUGGCAAGGAUCGGCACCCAGGUCGCUGCGGAGUCCGUGGCGUGCAGGCUCGGGAACCGCGGCUUCGCCAAGUUCGGCUCGGCCGUCGCGGCGCUCGAGCGUAUCAAGGUUGACGACCUCGACGGCUAUUCCUCGAGCCGCAAGACCCUGCUCCCGGCGGGCCUGGGUGAGGAGCCUGGCAAGAAGGCGGACGAGGACGUUCGCACGCUGUCGGUGAAGUUCAAUGCUUUCAACCGCAGGGAGCGCGUCUGGGUGGACUCGGUCAAGGAGAUGGUCGAGGACGCCUCCUCGGACUGGCCCUUGGAUGGUCCUCGCACUUUCCUGUGGCUGAUGAUGUCGUUUGCACAGCUGGCGACGGUGCCCACGUUCUGGCUAGAGCGCCAUCUCCAGACGGCGGGCUGGAGCGAGAACGAUCGCUCUAUUCAUGAGAUGCGGGUGAUGGCGGAGGCUCAUGGUAAGAACCCGAUGAACCCGAACCACGAGAUUGCAGAUAAGUUCUCGGGCUACAACCGCCGACAACAGCUUGCGGCGCCUGCGCUUCGCACCUACGUGGCCAAGGAGGUGCGAGAGGAGGCUGAGAUCGACAAACGGACUAGCAAGGCCAAGGCUCUGAAGGACGAGGCCAAGGUCGCCCUCAAGCGCGGGAAGGCCGCAGGGAAGGGCAAGGAAAAGGAGGAGGGCAAGGAUGAGUGA